AUGCAACAGACGAUUCUGAUUUUCAUAUUUACCGUAGGCGUUGCUCAAGCCUUUAGUACGCAGAGUUAUGGAGUUGAAGGGAAAAUUCAUUGCGAUAAUCGACCGGCCAGUGGCGUGGUAUGUUCCUCGUUUUUGCACUCUUGCUAUAUGAAAAUAAAUACUGAUAGUUGAAACUGUAAGAAAGUUCGCUAUCAGACUAAUAGUCAUCAAUUUGCAGAUCGUCCACCUCGUCGACCAAGACACCUUUUCCGCCGACGACAUUAUGGCUGACGGAGAGACGGGCUCCGAAGGAUCCUUCCGACUCAGCGGUCACACCUCGGAAUUGGGCACAAUCAACCCCGAACUCCAUGUUUAUCACCGUUGUGGCGACCCCAAAAGUCGCGAACAUGACUGUCCGGCGGUCUAUAAAAUCGAACUGCCAAGACAGUUGGUGACGAAAGGAGAGGUGCCGAAAAAUGUGUAUCAUGUUGAUACGGUAAAUUUGAGAUACGAUGCAAAGGCUACACGAUAUUGUCUGGAUUAA